AUGUAAAAGUCGGCCUAGGACUUUGAAGAGUCUCAGGUUUGUCCUCUCUUUCAAUCGGAAUCUCUGACUCAGCCGCGUGAGGUGUUCGGUGUGGUGUAAGAUAACUCGUAAAAGAAAAGGACAAUUAUCUUCUACCUCUUCAAUUAUUCUUCGUAAUCAAUUUUUCAUAAUUGAUAAGCCAUUAUAAAAGCAAUAAAGCAAUAAAGUCGGCGACUCAGCUAAUUGCUGCACAAACUUGAAGCGGACCAAAUUAUUAUUAUUAUUAUUAUUAUUACUAUUAUUUUCUUGUUCGAUUGUAUGUCCAUUUGUACAUUAUUGCUUUGUUGACGUAGAAAUUUAUUUCUAAAAGUUAAGUUAUGGCAUUUUUGAAAACACUGCCGCGUUAUUGUGCAAGUAGAAAAUUAUUAAAGUUCUUAGAAUCAGGAUUGACAAAGAAUGAGUCGAAAAGUGUAGUACAGCUGGUGAAAAAUGUCGAAGAACGUGGAUAUUCAACGAGUCAGUCCGAGGGACAGCCGGUAAGCAGGCAAAUCGAUCCACUAGACCUCAAGUUUGACGAUCCAGUGGCAUCAUUCAAAAGUAAAACUACCAUGGAACUUAUUAGGGCAUACAUUGUUUAUCAAAUUUGCUCCAUCGACUAUGUCGUUGAAAACAAUAUGAAGUUCAUGAAAGUUGCCAAAGCAGUAUUGGGAGAACGAAUCUUCACUUUAUUAAUGAAAAUGACGUUUUAUGGCCACUUUGUGGCCGGCGAGGAUGAGGAGAAGAUCAAACCAGUAAUCGGACGAUUACGUCAAUUUGGAGUUAAGCCCAUUCUCGAUUACUCAGUUGAGGAAGAUUUAUCACAGGAGGAGGCAGAAAGACGUGAGCUUAAGGCAUCUGUCUCGGAGGCAGGUGAUGAAAAAAAAGAGGGAACGCUGAAGAAAUAUCACGUUGAGAAAUCAUUCGCUGAUAGGCGAUAUAAGGUAUCAUCAGCUAGAACGUAUUUCUAUCUCAAUGAGGCAUCUUGUGAAAGGAAUAUGGAUAUAUUCAUCAGAUGUCUGGAGGCUGUUGGUGGUAAUGAAAAUUUAAUUUUUACAGAUGAUUUAAUUUAUCAGUUGACAAUUACUCAUAAAAUUUACCUUCUAGGUGCAUCAAUGGGCGUUGGAAUUACUGCAAUUAAAUUAACGGCUCUGGGGAGACCGCAGUUAUUGCUUCAAUUGUCGGAGGUCAUAAUGCGUGCACGGCAGUACAUGUCCGAUGUUGUCGGUGGUGAGGGAGCUGUAUUAGCACAUCAUGCUAAACCAGAUGAUUUUAAGAAAAAAUUCGAAGAGGCCCAUAUUAAAGAUGCGGUGCCGGUACAAAAAUUCUUGGAGAAGAUUCAAUCUGAUAAAGAAGGUGUGAUCCAUUUGUUCCCAUGGAGUGGAAUUCUCGAUGAGAAUUACGAGCUGAGUGAGACAUUCCAAGUACCGGAUAUCAAGACAGGAAAGAUGGUCAAGUUGAUGACGCAACUGACAGCUAAAGAAGAAGAAAUGUUCAGGAAUAUGAUAAGAAGACUGAACAGCAUUGUAACGGUCGCUGAUAAACUCAAUCUACGUAUAAUGAUAGAUGCUGAACAGACAUACUUUCAGCCAGCGAUAUCGAGACUGACACUGGAAAUGAUGCGAAAGUACAAUACAAAGAAGGCAGUCGUGUUCAAUACGUACCAGACGUAUCUCAAGGAAGCAUUCAACGAGGUGAAGACUGACCUUGAGCAGGCUGAGCGUCAAAACUUUUACUUCGGUGCUAAACUCGUUCGAGGGGCUUAUAUCGAACAGGAACGCGCUAGAGCAGCAGCCAUGGGUUAUGCAGACCCAACAUGUCCAACGUAUGAGGCGACUACAGAAUCUUAUCACAGAACACUAAUGGAAUGUUUGAGGAGAAUGAAGCAGUACAAAGAUAAGGAGGAGGAUCCAAAGAAAAUUGCUAUUAUGGUUGCCUCACACAAUGAAGAUACCGUUCGUUUUGCUAUUGAAAAAAUGAAAGAAAUAGGCAUUUCACCAGAGGAUAAAGUUAUAUGCUUCGGGCAGCUGCUUGGAAUGUGUGAUUAUUUGACGUUUCCACUUGGGCAGUCAGGUUAUUCUGCAUAUAAAUACAUUCCUUAUGGACCAGUGAAGGAAGUUCUCCCGUAUUUAUCACGUCGAGCACAAGAGAAUCGUGGAGUUCUUGCGAAAAUAAAGAAAGAGAAGCGCUUAUUGUUGAGUGAAAUAGCUAGGCGCUUUAGAACCGGUCAAAUAUUUUCCACCCCGAAAGGAAAUUACACACCCGUAUGAUCACUGCAUCAUGUAAAAUUGCCAAAUUGAUAAAUUCAAAGCUCUAGUUAAUUUUUGUAAAGUGGACGGGUGCGGAGAUUUAAAUUUUAAAUAUUUUCAAUGUCCCAAAUUUUUUGUCUCCCUGGCUGUAAUUAUUAAAAUCACAAAAUAAUCAAACUUCUGAAUCUCAUGUUGUCUUAUAGUAUUUUUCGUUAUUCACUAAUCGAAUCGAACAGUAUUGCGUUGAUAGAAUGAAUUUGGAUAUACCUAUAUACUUGGAAAGUUUAAUCGAAUGGAAAAUUGAGAUAAUCUGAGGGACCGAGUCGGGGGG